AUGGCCAGUCGACAGGAUGCGCCGUCGUCUUCCGUCUCCCGGAAAUCGGGUGCGCAGACCAUCGGCCAGUUCGACAUUGACAAGGAAAUAGGCAAGGGCAGCUUUGCCCAGGUCUAUAUGGGCUGGCACACGAAGACCAAGGCCGCCGUCGCAAUCAAGUCGGUCGAGUUGGCUCGGCUGAACAAGAAGCUCAAGGAGAACCUCUACGGUGAGAUCCACAUCCUCAAGGCUCUCCGGCAUCCUCACAUCGUUGCCCUUCACGACUGCGUCGAGUCGUCCACCCACAUCAACCUCGUCAUGGAAUACUGCGAGCUGGGCGACCUCUCCCUCUUCAUCAAGAAGCGCGAGAAGCUCAUCACCCACCCGGCCACUCACGAAAUGGCCCGCAAAUACCCCGUCGCUCCCAACUCGGGCCUGCACGAGGUCGUCAUCCGCCACUUCCUCAAGCAGUUGAGCAGUGCACUGGAAUUCCUCCGCAGCAAAAACUACGUGCACCGCGACGUCAAGCCACAGAAUCUCCUCCUGCUUCCAUCCCGAUCCUUUAGAGAUCAGCGGGCCUUCCACAUCAUGUCUCUAGCCGAUUUUGGCUUCGCCCGCGUGCUGCCGUCGACGUCACUGGCCGACACCCUCUGCGGCUCGCCGCUGUACAUGGCCCCCGAGAUUCUCCGUUACGAGCGGUAUGAUGCCAAGGCAGACUUAUGGUCCGUCGGCACAGUCUUGUACGAGAUGAUCACCGGCCGACCUCCGUUUCGCGCGAGGAACCACGUCGAAUUGCUGAGAAAAAUAGAAGCUGCCGAGGACGUCAUCAAGUUUCCCCGAGAAGUCGUCAUCAGCCCCGAACUCAAGGCCCUCACGCGCGCCCUCCUCAAGAGAAGCCCGGUGGAAAGGAUCAGCUUCGAAAAUUUCUUUACCCACCCAGCCGUGACGAGCGACAUACCCGGCCUGGUGGAGGAUGACGUCCCCAAACCAGUCAAGCGCGAGCUCGAGAGGAUUCCCCAAGGCGAGCCAAUUUCCUCGUCGCCGCAGUCCAGGCCCACGCGCCAAGUGGCGCCCUUGUCCACCGCCGCCCGAGAAGGCGGCUCCUCGAGGUCCCCACGAGAGUUGAUGCCCCGGUCACCCCAAGUCGAGGGCCAUGGGGAGGGCCGACCUCGACGGCCGACCGGUGACAUUCACCGAACCGGCAACUCUCCUCGCGACGGCAUGGAGGGCUUGGGCAUCCAGCGCCCGGCGCCUCAUCACGCCGCUUCUGCACCCAACUACACCCAGCUGGCCGCCAGGGCAGCCCGCGAUCAAGUAGCGGCCCAGGGCCAGUUGACUCCCGAGACUCGGAGACCGCGGGCAGCUCCCAGCAGUCGACAGCACGCAGAGGAGGAAAAGGCGGCACAGGAUGUCAUGUUUGAACGGGAUUACGUCGUCGUCGAACGAAGACACGUCGAGGUCAAUGCCCUUGCCGACGAGCUGGCGGCCAACGAGAGGAUGGCGUCGCAGGGCUCCGCGGGACACAGGGCAAGCCAAAUGGUUCGGCGGAGUACACAGCAGGGAGUCCCAACAUCUACGACCGGAGCAGACCGACGAGCAUCCUACGAAAAGGCCCUCUCCGCGAGCCCCGGGUCAGCCUCGAGCGCCAUCACAAAAGCCAUUCAGGACGCUAGUCUCCGACUAUUUGGCUUCAAGAUGGCACCUGUGCGAGGCGCCAAGGGCCAUUCGCCUCCCAUGUAUCAGCCUUUCCCUGCCUACCCGACCCCGAUUGCGCCUGCCGGUCUACUCGGCGACGGCAAGAGUAGUCAAUCGGCUGACGAGGAUAUUCGGGCCAGGGAGGCCAUGGAGGAGUACGCCGAGAGGAGUGACUGCGUCUACGGCUUUGCCGAGGUCAAGUACGAGCAGCUGGUCCCCAUGGCCCCGUCCAUGGACCGGGGGCUCGGCGGCAUCACGGCGGAGCAGUUGGCCGACGACGGCGGGCUGACGGCGGAAGCGAUUGUCUCCUUGUCGGAGGAAGCCCUGGUUCUCUACGUCAAGUCUCUGACCCUACUCGCUCGGGCCAUGGACAUUGCCAGCGUAUGGUGGUCGAAGAAGAGCAGGUCGGCGACGGGCAGCGGCGUUUCCACGGCCGUCUCAGAACAUGUCGCCCAGAAGAUCAACGCCAUUGUGCAGUGGGUGCGACAGCGCUUCAACGAGGUCCUGGAGAAAUCCGAGGUUGUGCGCCUGAAACUGGUCGAGGCGCAAAAGCUGCUGCCGGAGGACCAUCCGAGCCAUCCCUCUAACCACGGGCAAGACUCGGUCGCCUCGUCGUCGGGCUCAGGGUUCAAGCAGGUGUACCUGACGGCGGGAAUCAGCGCCGAGAAGCUCAUGUACGACCGCGCGCUCGAAAUGAGUCGUGCGGCCGCCAUCGACGAGGUCACCAACGAGAAUCUGCCGGGCUGCAAAAUUUCAUACGUCACGGCCAUCCGCAUGCUCGAGUCGGUUUUGGAGGGCGAUGACGAUUCGACGGCCCGGAUGCUGUCAAACGGCAAGGAGCCCGUUCGGGCGGGCUCCAAGGAAAACGCCGGGGACCUCGACAUGGACGAGGAGGCCCACGUGCGAAAAAUGAUCAAGAUGAUUACCGGGAGACUCGCAUCCGUGACCAAGAAGCAGCAAAUGAUUGCCGAGGCGAACAGCAAGGAGCAGCAGGCCCAACUGCAAAUGGCGCGCCGACGAAGCGGCGACGUGACGCCCCGCAGCGUCCCCACGCAUGGCUCAAGCUGA